UGAAAUACAACGUGAAAUUAUUGCCAAAUAAUAAUUAGUAAUAACAACAACAAAAAUAACAAAGAAACGUCCGCAUUAUUUGCUGUCCAAAGGAAAUACAUAAAUACAAAUAUAAAAUAAAAAUAGAGAAAAUUCAAUCAACAUGCGUCGCAAUAUCAAAUUAAUUGUCUUCGUCAGCAUCAUUUGGAUGUUCGUAAUGGUCUAUUACUUUCAGUCCAGCACCGAAAAGGUGGAAAAUCGAGCGCUACGCUUACGUGAGGUGGCAACGGCGAUGCAGCAGUAUCAGGACGAUAUAUCGGCUGGCGCAUCGACGGCACGACAGUGGGCGCCAGCUGCUAACUCGGGCAUUCGGGUGGCGGGCGCCAUUGGAGGCAGCGGUGCCGAUGAUCCCGGUGGCAAUGUCAUUCUAAUCGGCUCCCUAAAGGACUUUGAGCGCAAUGCGGUGCAUGGCCUCAAGUUGAAUGGCAUCGUGGCGCUCGAGGAGACAUCGCAGGGCAUCGUAAAUGGUGCUGCUGGUGGCGGCACUAGUGGUGGCACCGUCACUGGUUCACGCUUAGCCGUCGGGUCCAGCGCUCGCGGCAGCGGCAGCGAAGUCGAAUACUUUGAUGAAACUGGCUAUAUACGUCGCGGUGCAUUGCGCAACGGCGAGGAUCCCUAUAUCCGCAAUCGUUUCAAUCAGGAGGCCAGCGAUGAUUUGCCCAGUAAUCGUGAAAUACCCGACACAAGGAAUCCUAUGUGCCGCACGAAAAAGUAUCGCGAGGAUCUGCCCGCGACGAGUGUCAUCAUUACCUUCCACAACGAGGCCAGAUCGACGCUGUUGCGGACAAUUGUUAGCGUUCUAAAUCGCAGUCCGGAGCAUUUAAUUCGUGAAAUUGUGCUCGUUGAUGAUUACAGUGAUCAUCCUGAGGAUGGCUUGGAGCUGGCCAAGAUCGAUAAGGUGCGCAUCAUACGCAACGAUAAACGCGAGGGUUUGGUCCGAUCUCGAGUGCGCGGUGCCGAUGCGGCAGUGAGCAAUGUUUUAACCUUCCUCGACAGCCACGUUGAGUGCAAUGAACAGUGGCUGGAGCCGUUGCUGGAGCGUGUUCGCGAGGAUCCCACUCGGGUCGUUUGUCCAGUCAUCGAUGUGAUUAGCAUGGAUAACUUCCAGUAUAUUGGCGCCUCAGCGGAUUUGCGUGGCGGCUUCGAUUGGAAUCUGAUCUUCAAGUGGGAGUAUUUGAGUGCCUCGGAGCGUACGGCACGCCACAAUGAUCCUACGACGGCGAUCCGGACACCUAUGAUUGCGGGCGGACUCUUCGUGAUCGAUAAGGCGUACUUCAAUAAGCUGGGCAAAUACGACAUGAAAAUGGAUGUGUGGGGCGGCGAGAAUCUGGAGAUAUCGUUUAGGGUUUGGCAAUGUGGUGGCAGCCUGGAGAUAAUACCCUGCAGCCGUGUGGGUCAUGUGUUCCGCAAACGACAUCCAUACACCUUCCCCGGCGGCAGUGGGAAUGUUUUUGCGCGGAAUACGCGACGUGCAGCUGAGGUUUGGAUGGAUGAUUACAAGCAGCACUACUAUAAUGCUGUGCCCCUGGCCAAGAACAUACCAUUUGGCAACAUUGAUGAUCGCUUGGCUUUGAAGGAGAAACUGCAUUGCAAACCAUUCAAGUGGUAUCUAGAGAACGUGUAUCCCGAUCUGCAGGCACCUGACCCACAGGAGGUGGGCCAAUUUAGACAGGACAUGACCGAAUGCUUGGAUACAAUGGGUCAUCUCGUAGACGGCACUGUGGGUCUCUUCCCCUGCCACAAUACGGGCGGCAAUCAGGAGUGGGCGUAUUCGAAACGUGGAGAAAUCAAGCACGAUGAUCUCUGUUUGACACUUGUGCAAUUCUCUCGUGGCUCCCAAGUGGUACUCAAGUCAUGUGACGACACGGAAAAUCAACGCUGGAAUAUCAAGGAUGGCGGUCUGGUGCGGCACAACAAGAUCAAUGUGUGUCUGGACACUAGGGAUCACAAUGAGCAGGGCAUUAGUGCGCAGCGUUGCAAUUCGGCGCUAUCGACUCAACGCUGGGCAUUUACCAAAUAUGCGUGAGAGAAUCAACAGCAACAACAACAGGCGACCAACUAAAUGGAGAGAAUUGCGAGAAAACGAGAUAUUGGAGCUCCUAAUUUAUAAUAAGUUCUGCUGGCAAAGAAAACAAAAAGAAUUGGGAGUGAAGGUCGUGAUAUAAAUUCUUCAACUACUCGGAUAUGAUGGUGAUUAUAAUGAUGAUGUCGUAUGUGGUUUCUUUGUGUAUUUUACGAUUAACAAAACACACCCACACUCACAAACACUAUUAUAGACACACACAUAGAUACAACAAGUACAACAAAUGGUUUAUAUAUAUAUAAAUGUAUAACAAAAACAACAACAGCUAUACCAUAUUUAAGUUAAAGUUCGAGGUGUAUAAAUCUAGCCGUUGCGGCUAAAAUCGUUGAAAUGCAUUGGUAUAUAUAUAAAUAUGUAUGUAUGUAUCUUUUUUAACACGAUAAUGCAAAGAAGAGAGCAUACAUAAAAAAAAAGAAAAAACACGUACUUAGACUGAUUAAUUUUUUGUAUAUGUAAAAGAAAAGUAUUUGAAAAAUAUAUAAAAAAAUACUUAUAUGUAUGCAUGUACUCGCAAAAAAGAAAAACCUAUGGAAAGCUGCUUAAAACUCAAUAAUAAUUUGCAUUAAUCGACACGGAACUCAACUCAACUUAACCUUAUUCUCAGCACAUUCCUCAAGUCAAUUAACACUAUUCAUCCCUAGAUAGAAUCCUAACAAGAACCAGAACAAUUUCCAACUAUCUAGUGUCUAACCACAAAAAGCUCAGAGUCUUCUACGGAAUCUAGGACAAAGGCGUCGCAAGAAGAAGCAGAGAGGAGAGAGAAAUGUUAUCAUUAGUUUUAGUUAUAAAUUUAAGUAUAUGAAACCUUAUAAAAAAAAAAAAACAGAAAACAAACGAAAUUUAAGUGUAUAUAAUAUGAUUAUUUAAAUUUUAGAUGGCCAAAUUGCAAAUUUAAACAUUUUUCUACAAAAGUUUCUCUUUCACAUGCUUCAGGCUCAUCUUUAGAAAAAUUUUCCUAUUAUCGGAAUUUGAAUGAAAUAUGUAUUUCUAAUUAAAAUGCUGUUCUGAAGUUCUUUGUUAAUUUUUUCUGGCAAUUUUACAUUCCAUUUACAAAUUUUUCACUAUGUUUUAGUUUUUGUAAUUUAAAAUUGUUAACAUUGAUGAUUUGUUUAGUUGUUUUAUGUAUAAAUAAAUUUUGCUAGUUUUUAUGAAAUGAAUAAAAAGAAAAUCGUGAAAAAAGACGAAAAUAAAA